ACACCAUGGGCUGAGCAGCAGCAGUACACUCAGACAGCACAAAUCGAUCCCUGAGCUGCGAACAAGGCUAAGGUAGCGCUCUGCCUGCUGCCCUGCGCUGCCGCUUGUGAGGAAGAGGCAAGGAGACCGGCGGGCGCCCCCGGGAGGAAGCGAUAGAGCGCAGCAUCCCUCGGACUCCAAGCUCGGGAAGGGGGGCGCCCCAACCCCUCCCCCCAGGGAAACGUCCAUCAACAGCGCCCAGAUUGUAGUGGAAGGGUACCACUAUGGAUGCAGCGUCGCAGGGAAAUGGCGGUGUAGUAGCCGAUGUCGUCUUUGUAAUAGAAGGAACUGCAAAUUUAGGACCGUACUUUGAGUCCCUGAGGAAACAUUACCUGCUCCCUGCAAUAGAAUACUUUAACGGCGGCCCUCCAGCAGAAACAGACUUUGGUGGAGAUUAUGGAGGCACCCAGUACAGCCUUGUGGUUUUCAAUACUGUGGACUGCGCCCCAGAGUCCUACGUCCAGUGCCACGCCCCCACCAGCAGCGCUUAUGAGUUCGUUCAAUGGCUGGACAGCAUCAUGUUUAUGGGAGGUGGAGGAGAGAGCUGCAGCCUCAUCGCCGAGGGCCUGAGCACUGCCCUGCAACUGUUUGACGAUUUCAAGAAGAUGAGGGAACAGAUUGGGCAGACUCACAAGGUCUGUAUCUUAAUCUGCAACUCGCCACCGUACCUGCUUCCAGCUGUAGAGAGCACAACCUAUUCCGGAUAUACAACGGAGAACCUGGUUCAAAAGAUCGGCGAGAGAGGAAUCCAUUUCUCUAUCAUUUCCCCUCGAAAGCUGCCUGCCUUGAGGACGCUUUUUGAGAAAGCCAUGCCAGUAGGUGGCAUGAUGGAGCCACAGCCUAAGGACUACAACCAGGACCCUCGACACAUGAUCCUUAUCCGAGGAAUAGUUCUUCCAGCAGGAGGAGCGGUGUCUGCCCCUGGGGUUGUUCCUACAAAGCAAGCUAUUCCCCAACCACAGCUGCCAGUUGUACAGCCGCAACUUCCAAGUGCCCCCCCUCAUCAACUGCCACAGGUCCAGGCCCCGUACAUGCAGCACGCUUCUCAGCCAAACACCCUGACUCCUGCACAGAUCGCUGCUCAGUCCGCAGUGGAAGCCGCCAAGAUCCAACAGCAGAAGAACAGCAGCAUCCAGAACCGGUUUCCUGGCCUUGGAGCCAUGCAGCCCAAUCAGCCGGUUGGCCCACCAUUCAACCAGCCUCCUGCUCCCACAAUGCCCCAAGGACAAGCAUCCAAAAUGGUUCCCUCUGCUGCAUCCUUAAUAACACCAUCUUCUCAGCCGAGUCUGGUCUCCACAGUAACCACAGGUCCCGGGCCUACACAGGGGCUAUUACCGCAACAGCCUGUUCCACAGCCAAUGCCUGGCACGGGAGCACCAGGCGUUGUGCCUCCGCAACAGUCUUCUGCACCUCAGCUUGGGAACCUGCAGUUGCCCACUACACAGCAAUCUGUCGCCAAUAAAAUGCUGGCCUGGAGUGGGGUGCUGGAGUGGCAGGAGAAACCAAAGCCGGCAUCUGUUGAUACAAAUGCCAAACUUACCCGCUCCCUCCCAUGCCAAGUCUACGUCAACCCUGGAGAAAAUCUGAAGACUGAUCAGUGGCCUCAGAAGCUGAUUAUGCAGCUGAUCCCGCAGCAGUUGUUGACCACCUUGGGACCCUUGUUCAGGAACUCGCGCAUGGUGCAGUUCCACUUCACCAACAAUGAUCUGGAGUCUCUCAAGGGCCUCUACCGCAUUAUGGGCAGCGGCUUUGCGGGCUGUGUACACUUCCCACACACUACACCAUGUGAGGUCAGGGUUCUCAUGCUGCUGUAUUCCUCUAAAAAGAAAAUCUUCAUGGGUUUGAUCCCGUAUGAUCAGAGUGGCUUCGUCAACGGCAUCCGACAAGUGAUCACCAAUCACAAACAAGUGCAGAUGCAGAAGAUUGAUCAGCACCGGAACAUGGGGGCAGCUCAGUCUAUGGCUGCGGGAUCUGUACAGUCUAACCCUCAGGGCUUCUUAUCCAAGCAGCCUGGUGCUCUGCCCGUUACACAGAGCGUGGCGCAGCAGAUGCCAGGACAGCAGGUAGCCCCAGGCAUGCCGUCUGUGAACCAGGUUGCUAUGAUGGAUGAACAGCAGAGGUCGCAGAACCUGUUACAUAUCAGGGUGCAAAAACAGCCUCCUCAGGCUAACACCCAGCCAUCACAGCAGGCAGCACAGGCUGCCGUCCAAACACCAGGACAGCCACAGAAUCCACAGGCGGGAGCGAUGUUAAGGCCUCAGAAUCCCGGUGCCAACCCCCAGCUCCGAAACCUACUGCUCAGUCAGCAGCCGCCGCAGGCCAACGUUCCCCAGUCCCAGCAGCCCUUGCACCACUUGCAGCAGGCAGCGCAGGGUAUGCUACCACACCAAGCAUUGGGGCAGCAGAUGCAGCACCAGGCCCCCGGACAGCCACAGCUGCAGAUUCCAGGACAGUCCCUUAUGCACCAGGCCCCGGCCCAACAGUGGGGCAAUCAAAUGGCCCAGCGGGCACCUAUGCCGGGAGUGAUGAUGAACACUGGGCCACGUGGGCCUGUGCCCCAAUCAGGACUGCAGCAAGGGCAGGUCCAAAGCGUCAUGGAAGAUGAUAUCUUAAUGGACCUCAUCUGAAGAUAAGGCAGAUGUCCCAUGUACUUCCCUUCCAUCAGAGAAACCUUGGUAUUGUACAGACACAUCUACCAGACCCCUGCACUCCAUACUGUGGUUCAUAUUUCCCUCUGUAUAAUCCCUAAUCUGCUUUUUAGUGCCUAGAGAUAACUCACUGACUAAGUAUCUGUGCACUUCCUUCACCUUCCACCAGGUGGAACCCUCAGCCGGUUAUUUUCUGGUAACCAUGACACAAUGGCAUCAAUCAACUUUUCUGGCAUGUUUUUAUGAUUACAUGACUAAAAAAAAGCUCUUAGGAGAAAGUAGCAUUUUGUUUCCCUCUGAUACUAAGCAAACACUGUGUUAUAUAGUAAAUAAAUAUUUUAGAAUAUA